AUGCAGCUCGGGGCGGCGACGGCGCUGAGCCGCGAAGCACUUCGCGACACCAUGCAGCGUCUGUUUCCACCAGCUCGCACGCACGGAAACAGCCGUGCCGCCGCUUCACCACGUAUGGCAGCGAAGUGGGUCGGCGAGAAUUCUCCUCACGCCAUCUCUGAUGGGUGGCCCCACGCGCUGUUGUUAGUGGAGCUGUCGAGGAUGUGCGUGUCGCCCACAAUGCGGGCUGCAGAGGAACACACGACGGUCGCUUCGCAGAGUUUUUCCUCUUCGUCCAUGACCAGCACAGGGAGCAGCACAAUCCUGGAGAAGGAAACCAUUGUAUACCUCUUGAACCAUUGUCGGUUCCCGGUUGACUGUUGGUGGGUCUCACUCAGACUUCUGGGCCGCUGGCGACAGCUGAACCGUGAGCAAGAUCCGGCCAGGACAUCUGAAGUGGGCCCAAACGUGUUUCCCCCUGGUAUAUCGAUUGCGUCCACUGCGCAUUUGAUGCGAAACCUUUCUUACUGCAAUGCCGCAUGGGCUGACGUUCUACGUCUUUACGUGACGGCUACGUGUGAUGCAACAACUGUCACUGAAACGCGUGAUGCACCUUCCAAUUCUGAACAGGCGAAUCGACGAGAAGUCGCUAGUCGUGGGGCACUUCGUUGGAUGCGGCAUAUAGCGCUGACGUCACUUCUGCGUGCGGGGCAGUGGAGGGAGUCCCUACAUUUCUACCGUCACAUGCUUUAUCAGCGCGAAACACCUAGCCACGUGUGCACGGGGCAUUUAGUGCAACGCCUAGGAGAGGUUGGCUGUUGGACAGCGGUGGCGUGUGUCUUUCAGCUUAACCUUAGACUGUUGGAGGCAUCCCACACUAGAGAUAUAUCUGGUGCUGGCAAGAAUAAGUCUACUGUGUCGUCGUCUUCUUCUUCGCAGCAUGCGUUGUUGCCAACAGCCGCACAGACAAAGAGUGAUGAUUGGGGCACAAUGUUCUCCAUGGCAUUGGAUGCGGUAAGUCGUCAUUGUCAGCAGCCCCGUGUUGCUCUGCAGAUGUUUGACGAGGCGUGUAAGAGGAACGCAGACGGCUCGUUGUUUUCUUGGGAUGGAAAUUUUCUCUCAGCCGUCCAGGCGCUGCCGUCAGAGCGGGAUCGGCUUGCAGUGCUCCGUCGUGCUAAAGCUGCAGGCCAAUUGAACUACUUCAAACUUGUCCGCGGACUUGUACAUCACGAGAAGUGGUUAGAAGCCAUUGCCGUCUUUGCUGAAGGUCUCGCAACGCAGCAGCUUGGCAGGAAGGAAAUUGGCCGCUGCCGACUGGGUAUCCUCCACGCCAGUAGCGGCGACAACGUGCAGGCAGUGGUGUGCCGUCUGCAGAGCCUUUGCGGACGCCCGAGAGACUCCCUGCACCUCAACGAUGCGGAGGUGGAGUGUGUGCUAUCCAAGGUGCCCUCUGCAUCUUUGUCGGCGGCCGCCGCUGCGCCUCAUUCCGCAGCGCACUGGCGUUUCUGCCUGCAGAUACUCUCUGAGAACUACGCCUCUCUUUCCCACAACGAGGGCAGUGGGGUAUCACACAAGAGAUAUGAACGAUGCCCCACAACGCGUAUGUUGUCGCUUUUACUUCGCAAUCCCAUACCAUGGCACGGGGCUCUGCGUCUACUUGCUGUGUCCCGCACGCUGGACAGGUAUGAAGAUGGUAGUGAUACAGCUGCAGAGUGCCCCACAUUGAGCAAGGCCCUUAUGCUUAACCAUGUUGUUGAGAUUCUGCAUGCCCAGGGGCAGCAGCAGCGGGCGGCGGAUGUUGUGACUACAGCACUGCGUCAGCAAAAAUUGUCACCGUCUGCUAAAAUGCUCGAGUUUGUACCGCUUGAGCUUCUCUCGCCCAGUACGGUUGGCAAAGAUCGAAAUGUUUUGAUGGUUAGUGACAAGGUGCUGUUUUACUUUGUACAGACGACGGAGAAUUGGCAACGAGCCCUGUCGAUUGUGCGGCUUGUUGAGUGCCAACGUGCUACCAUGGGAAUCGGUGCAGUUGACCCCCUUCGGGCACUGCCCGCCUCUGUUCACUGCGGAGCCUUAAGGAUGAUUCAGCGCUGUGCUGCCCGCAGUGAAGCGUGGGCAAUCUCCCUCCUCUACUUCCAACAUGUGGUGUCGGGGUAUCACCUGCUGGAUGGCCCUCCACAGUCUGGCCUUAAUCCACAGCAGCAGCAACAUGAUAGGAAUAUGGAUGGUGUGGUGUAUUCCAUCAUGUACGAGAUGCUGCUGAAUCUUCUCUCAGGGCCACCUGGCAUUUCUGGUCUUUUGAGAGGGAAGGCGCACCUUCGCCUCGUGGAGAGUGUUGUGGCACGUAGUGGGGGACGCGUUCCAACCCACAUGCUGCUCCCCAAUCAGAUGGACCGCCUCCUUCCUCGUUUCUCCUCCGCGUCUGCCAACUUGCCGAACAUGGAGGAGAGGACGCGGGUGAGUAUCAAACUCGUGCGGUGCAUUAUUGCCUCGUUAUCGGCGCCUUCGGGUGGCAAGGCAGACGCGGGCACAAGUCUGACUCCACCUGAGGCAGUCAUGUUCCACGAGCUGCAGAAGUUGACGUGCCGUGUUGCUGAAUAUCGUCGUCACAUACAGCAACUGCGUGAAGAAAACGACUUUUCAUCGGGGUGUGGGAUUGUCGACGCGACAGGAAUCCGGCGAAAAGGGGCUCAACCACGCGCUUUGGAUGCCGGAUUGCUUUGGCAGACUUCACUCGAACUGCUGGAACUUCAGUGCCGCUUCUGUGGCACGCGCACAAUAUCACAUGGCACACUGAAACUUGUGUACCAUACGUGUGCCAUGUCCGGUGGACAGUGGAGGGCUGCUCUUCUCGCCACAGAGUACCUCCUGCAGCGGAAGAAGGUGGAGGAGAGGGCAGUUAGUGCAGACCACUGCUCGCUGUACUGUUCUCUCUUCGGGUGGGAGAAGGCGCUGGCGGUGUGGUGCCGCCAUUUCCCGCAGCGCAUGCUGAGCGAGGUGUCAGGCUGUCCUGCUGGAGUGGAAUAUUGUCUGAACUCGAGGGAGUUGUAG